GUGUGUUUUGUGUUUAUCUGUAAAACCUUGCCGCUUUUGUGUUUAACCAUCUACGUACAACAUUUGCUCCACAGAUUGCCACCCAACCAUGCGAGAAGGAAGCGGACAGACCGGCGGUGAGGGAACACAAACCCGACACGCACAAAGUGAGGCGAAGACUCCCAGCGAUCCCAAUGGGGGAACCGCCCGUCCUCACGCCCAAAGCCAAACUGAAAGCUACAAAACCGGUGAAGCCAAAAGCAGCAGAGAAGCCCAAAUAUCCAAGUGAGAAGAAACCGGCCUCUUUGACGAGUGAUGAUUCAAUGAACGAGGAUGACAUGGAAGUAGCGAGGAUCAAUAAAAUAGAAGAUAAACGAAAGCCGCUUGUAGAUACUCGCAAAGCGAAGAGCCUGGAUGCCAGCGACAAUGUGCCAGGGGAGCACGCGGCUAUUCAGGCCGUAGAAAAAAUAAAGCUGCAGAGAGCCAGCUCCGUGGGAUCGACGCCAAAGGAAGAGUCUGACGCAAUUAUAGAUUCGUUGAUAAAUAUUUAUGGGAUACCAUGCACGGAGGCGAUGAAAUGUCUCAAGAAGAGGUUACAGGAAGAGUUGAGGAGGGUUACUCGGGACCGCAAGAGGAAACUGGAAGAACUCGAAGAAAUUAGAGCCUUACAGAUGCAGAUUGGAUCGCUCAAGUUGGAGGCGGAUCUGUACGCAGGAAGACACGGUUUUCGGGGGCGUAACGGAAGACGUUCUCCGGCCUCCAUUCAGCUGGAACAGGAACUGCGAAAGAGGAGCGGGGGUUCAUCCCCGGCAACGUCCUUGACACCGAGGUCAUCUCCCCAGGUCACGCCUAGGAGACAGAGACACAAGAGACAGUCCUCGGAUCCAAUGAUCGCCAAGUUUUCGCCUAUUAAAGAAGACAGGGACAUUGAAGCUGAUUUUCACGCAAGAAUCAACGACAGUUCGGAAAAUAAACAGAGUUCUAAAUACUCAACAGACGACAGUUCGCAGUCUGGCGUUAGUGACACUGAAAGUACCAGAUCCGAGCCAAUAGAGAAUUCGAGAUACAAGAAAAUUAAGCCGUCUGCUUACGCUCGAAUGUUUUACAGCGGAAUCACGUCAUCGUCUGAACGAAUCGGGACGGAGGGCGGACCGGGCCUGGGAGAGGUGCCUUUGGGAGGCAGCAGAUCGGAAAGCCAGCUGAUCGGAGGAUCACGAUCAGGAUCGCGGACGCCCAACUACUAUUCCGACAACGACGAAGGCAAGUCGAAGGAGGAGAAGAAAGCACGACUACAGUACGAGAUCGACAAGAGAAAGAGACAGCUCAAGGAGACCGCUAGACUGAAGAGCGAGUUGAUGCGGCUGGCGAGAGCACGCCAGGCGAUGAUCCACAGCUACGACGACAUUCCCAGAAGCUACGAGCCGAUCUCUUACAGCAGCAAGCGCGUGAUCCCCACGGGCAUCAUCAGACCUCUGGACGACGAUCCUGGAUACGACCUGUACGGCGGCGGCGGAGGAGUGGGGCUGGGAGGAGCAGACGAGUGCUACAUGUACAAGGAUUCCCUGGACAGACAGUCCGGCUACAGCACCAACUCCAACUACAGCUCCACGGAGUAUCUGGCCCACAGACAGGAGACGUCCUGGCACCAGCGGCCUGACGAGCCCAUCUACGUGAACCAGCAGCAGCUGGUGAGAGACUACCUCGACUCCGCAUCAUUCGCCGACCAGCCCAACAUCCCCAAACGCAUGGACUCAUACCCGUCGGUCGCCACCAUGGAGCCGACCUACGUGAACACCAGCAGGGACCCCCGGAUUCCGAGCAGCGCCACCCUUCCCGACAUGCACUCCAAUCGGAAGGACAUUGACUUCGUGCCGGGCCGAGAGCUUAUCUCGAUGAAUACGUUCUCAGACACGUCGAGUCCGGCCAGUGACUACACGCCCGCCAUGCCGCUCCUGGGGGACGUGCCCACCAAGUCCAGGACCAUCCUGCACAACAUCGGCAGUGGAGGAAGACCGGUGUCGGCCGAGUUCAAUUUCCCAGGAGGGGUAGAAGAUUUGAUGAACCCAGUCUACCGCGCCGAGAGUGACAACAGCGUGGACGCCGACGAACCCAUCAUGAAGCACAUGACAGAGGGCGGGGUCACCAUCCUCAAACAACUCGACCGCAAGAAGAGACCGCCUCCUCUGGAACCCACCAAAUAUCCAUUCCCCACGAAACGAAUUCUCAUCACCAGAGAUCCCAAAGAUCGCCCACUCUCAGGACGAAAAGGGAAUGGGAUUGGGAUGAAGAUAGUGGGCGGGAAGCAGAUUCCGGGCACGGACGAGAUCGGCGCGUAUGUGGCCACCAUCUACCCGGGAGUGAUCGCCGAGCAGCUGCACGGGGAACUGGACGUGGGAGACCAGGUGCUAGAGUGGAAUGGAAUGUCCUUGUCUGGGAAGACGUAUGAGGAAGUGCAGCAGAUUAUCACCCAGCCAAACGGCGAGAUCGAGAUGGUGGUCAGGCCGCUUUCGAGGUCGCAUAAAGGUCGUGACCACAUUUCGGUAUCGUGUGCCCAGCCCACUAGCUGUCACUCAUCGUAUGACAACUUAGCCAAGGAUCCACCUCCUUACGAAGAUAUAGAUUGCCGCUCUGGUUCCCGACAGGGUGUCGAUCCACGCCAGCUUGCAGCACAGCUAGAAGAGAUCAAGGAGAUUGCCUCCCCUGAAAACUCCCCUUCCUCCCAGCAAGACUUUCUUACCCCACGCAUGCCCUCACCCUGCAGCACUCCUCGCCCAGACCCUGCUUCCUCGUCGUCGAGCCAUAGACAGAGAGUUCAUGUCAUUCAAAUAGAACCCAACUCCUCUUUCAGCAGGCAGGCAGUAGGUGGGCAGACGACCGGUAAAACGAGUCAGACGAGAGCCUCCUCGAAAGGCGGGAACAGCCACCAGGUAGCGUCAGGUUCGGGUUCUGGACAGAGAGACAGUAGUGGUGGUGCCUACGCCGGUAGAUCCGCCGCGGAUAAAGCCGAGCCUGGCAUUUCAAGUAUCCCUGAUCCACAAAUUCUCUUUGAAAAGGUGUCCCCCUCGGCCAGGAGAAGGGCUAAGAAUGCUGAUGCCGAUCCUCCUCCCGUACAGAAGUCAAAGUCGAGAAUCUCCAACCUAAUCCCCGACCCGUGUGUUAAGAGGGUGGACAGCGGAGAAGACUUUGAUAAUAUGCAAUACGAAACACCUCGCUCAAAACGUCAAGCUCAGAACUCCAGCUUCCGCGAGAGACGCCAGUUCUCGGACGACGGCGAUCAGAACUUCCCGUCACAACCCAAACACAAGACUCGGAGCCACUCGUGUCGUGUCCCGCGGUCCAAGCAGGAGAAAGGAGGGGAGCCUGUGUCUAAAGACGAUCAGUAUAUACCAUCUUCCAAACAAGACAGGUCACCAAAACCGACCCCUUCUCCAAGGAUCCCAGCCUCUAAGGGUCUGCCCUCACCACAACAAGUGCCAAAGGUCAAGGACCAAUCGACAGACACGCACCCAAAACCAACGCCUCGCCGCAGGGCAGCAUCCAGGGCAGAUCCCGAGGUUGCUGCGGCGGCGAAGGAGAGCGACAAGAAGACGGAUUCGUCAUCUAGUUCUGGUCUGAGAGCGCCAUCUCACGAUGUCGCCAUGGCUACCGGCAACAGUGUUUCCAAACAGAAGUCCAAGAAGAACGACAAACGUCGGCAGACACACGCGGAGGAAAAUGACUUCUCCCCACCCGACCACAAGUCACCAGGAGACGUACAGAUCCAGAUCAGCCACGAUGAGUUUGACAACACCCUCAACGUGCACAUCAUCCAGGCUCGCAACCUGAGACCACGUGACAUAAACGGUCUGUCAGAUCCGUUUGUCAAAGUCUACCUUCUGCCUGGACGAGGCCCGGAAAACAAGCGGCGGACGAAACACAUCUCCCGGACGCUGAACCCUCAGUGGCACCAGACCCUGAUAUUCCAGAACGUGGCCCGGAUGGAGCUGCAGAACAAGGUGCUGGAACUGACGGUGUGGGACUACGACCGCUUCAAGACCAAUGACUUCUUGGGGGAACUCAUCCUCGAGCUGUCAGAAGACGCCUUCCUCGACAACAAGGCCCACUGGUACCCACUGCGAGAACGUGUGGUCACCCACAGCUUCGAGCUGCCCAAGUCGAGCGUGCCUGCACCCCGCGUCAUUCCAGAAGCAGCCGAGUCGUGUAGCGAUGACAUCCCGCUGGGGAAGUCACCAAGACCGCCAAAGAAAACUAGGAGACAAGCUGCCGGUGAUGACUCCUCCAGAACAGAGCCUAGAAGAGGAUCCCUGGGAACGCUCGACCAGCUCAGCAAGCCAACUCCACCUGUGGGUGCUCAGAGAAUUAUAUCAUCGGCAACCAACUCGCCUGCACCGCGCCGCAAACCACGUGAUUCACGUUCACCCAGCAAGCGAUCAGAUGAGUUUUGAUGAAAGCAGUCCUAGGACUAACUAAACAGCAUUAUCAUAGAUCUGGUUUACUCCAUUUACCGAUGGUCCUAGUCUUCGCUCUGCCCAGCUUUUAUGAUGUAUUCAGCAGGAAAUCAUUACUGGGAAAUCAUCCAACCUAUACGCUACGCUGUCUUAUGAAGAUGCUAAAUUAACCAUGCCUAGCAUCUCCUAAUCUAAGUGUUCUUCCUCUACCGAAGCUGGAAGCAGUGGAUAUGCAAAUCGCAAACAGCCAACAUGCAGCAAUACUGUAGAGAUUCCGGCACUUUGCAUUGGAUUCGAGUGUGUGUUGUGGGUAAAACCUGAUUCCACUGUGCAACAGUUGAUUCGACUGUAGUGUGGAUAAACAGUGGAUUCAAGUGUAUUGUGAACAUGGGCGUACGACCCCCCCCCCCCCCAAAUUCGGGCAAAAGAGUGGGAAAACAGUGGGGA